AAUAAUAUGUGUAUGUGAUUUCACUUGUAGUUCCUACUUCCUAAUGUUUUAUUUCAUUAACUUUAAAAUUUUUCUAAAUUAAAUACUCACACAAGCAAUUAUAUGAGUUUAACGAUGUAUUCAACAAUUGUAUGUAAAAAGUUUUUGUCCGGUUUACCCUUUCAUGACCUGGGUAGAUCGCUGAAUGUUGACGCGAUUAGUAUGCUGAGCAAUAGUUCUUUCGGUGUCAAAUAUUUUAGCCACAACACAAAUAGCAACGGAGUUCAACCGAAUAAAACACAACUGCAACAGUCAUCGUUUCUGCGUCCGACACCCAACAGCAUCAGUUGCAUUACAUCAAUCGACAACCACCGGCAUUAUUGCAGCAAGAAUUACAGGCCUUUCCCGGAAGUACCGGAAUUUCCACCAAUCAUUUGGCCCAACGUUUUUAAGUCCAUCAAAGCUCUGCUAUAUUCAUAUCUAAUAAUCAAACCACAACUAGAUAAAGACUUCAGUCUCGGAGAGUUUGCCAAAAACUCUCGAAAGGCUGUUGAAGUAGUUUCUAAUUGCAUUUCUAAACGUGACUUCUCCACACUACAGGGACUGGUCACCAAUGAUGUGCUGGAACAGGUGAAAUCGAUCGUAUCAGAUCUCAGUGACAAUGAAAUAAAAGACAUGGCAUUUGAUAACGAUGACAUGUAUUUAUUUUUACCAGUACAGUUAGAUAUUAUUAAUGACACAAAGCUUAAAGACCGGCGUUUUGUUGAAAUAACAAUGUGCUAUCACGCAAUUCAUAACUUAGAAGAGAUCAAAAAAAGAUCUGAAGAAAUUGUAGACAUACAAAAAGAAUUAAAGAGUAAUAUAUUUGUGUUGAACUAUAGAUUCAUUAGAGAAUAUACAGAAGGAGUCAAGGAUGCAUGGACUAUAAAUGCGAUCAAUCAUUUAAAAGCUGAAGAACACGAUAAAACAAUUCUGUAAAUGGUAUUAUACAAUUUUCUUGUAACUAAAUAUGUUAAUGUAAUUUAGAUUUCAUACUAUAUAAUUUUUAAUAAUUAAAUAAUAUUUAUUAACA